AUGACGGCGGCAGCGGCGGCGGCAGCGGCGGCGGCGCGGCCGUUCGUGUGCUCACUGUGCGGCAAGGCGUUCCGGGCAGCGUCGUCGCUGUCGCACCACGCGGCCGUGCAUCGCGGCCUCACCACGUGUCCGAUCUGCGGCCGGGUCAGCUCGCGCCGGCCCGACCUGCUGCAGCACAUGCGCAUGGUGCACGGGUACCUGUGCCGGCAGCCGGGCUGCGGCCGUUGGUUCCCGAACCGGCCGCGACUCAGCGAGCACGGCGCGUGGCACCGCGGCGAGACCGUCUGCCGGUUCUGCCAGCGCCGGCUGGUCAACAAGACCACGCUGUACCAGCACCUGCUGCGCGUGCACGGGCUGCUGGCCAACCGGAAGCGGCGUAGCGACCACCUGUCCUGGCACCGCGGUGAGACGGUGUGCCUGCUCUGCCAGCACCGCUUCUCCACCAAGUUCAACCUGCGCACCCACAUGAAGGCGCUGUAG